AUGUCUGGUGGACAGAAACAGCGAAUUGCAAUUGCAAGAGCUCUAAUUCGAAAUCCAAAGAUUUUGUUGUUGGAUGAGGCUACAAGUGCACUCGACAGUGUAUCGGAAAAAGUUGUGCAAAGUGCAUUAGAAAAUGCAAGUAAAGGAAGGACAACAGUUGUAAUUGCACAUCGACUUUCAACAAUUCAAAAUGCAGAUGAAAUUUGUGUUGUUAUUCGUGGUAAAAUUGCUGAGAGAGGAACACAUGAAGAGUUAAUGAAAAUGAAAGGAUUUUAUCAUGCUUUGGCAUCUCAGCAAUUUGGUACUAAUGAUUGA